UGCUCGACUCUCCAACAACCCGCUCUGAAGAUUCUCGGGCAAAUCCUAAAGGCCCCGCCCCAUGGAUGACCAGACCCCGCCUCUUCCCAUGACGUCAUACCUACCAGGAGCGACUCCAUUCUAGUCACUACGAUAGCCCACAGAUCACAUAGGAGGAGCUUUACAAUGUCUCCAUCUUCAGAUGACCACAGAUUCUACUCUUCUUGGUUACUCAUCCCUGUAUUGUCCCUGGAAGAGGAACAAGAGCGCAAGGAUUAUGAGUCAGGACAUAUCAUGCCACCUUUGACUGCAUUCUUUGCAGCUCCCAUCACUGACAAAAAACAAAUCUCUCGUUUGUCUCAGGCUUUAUACUUACAAUACCCUCUAUAUGGUACCCUGCGGCAUUUGAAAAGGGUUUGUGCAUGCCAGUCCCGUCUAGAGAUUUUGCUUCGUCCUGUCACACCUGAGGACCAAUUAAAUCUGCUAAAAAACAAUAUGGACUUUUCAAAGCAGAAUGAUGACAGUCCUAAAAAGACUGUUGAUUCCAAAAGAGAGAUUAAUUUACAGGUUACUGACAUUCUGCAAGGUGGAUGCCUUGACCUAAAUGGAUUAGGGAAACCAUACAUUGUGUCGGUUCCUUCACGGGCAGCAAAGAACGAAAAGGAACAGCAAGUUUGGGCAAGCAUUUGGCCCUGCACCUACCAUGCCAAGCCCAAGAAUACAAAUUUGAAGGAAUGCGAUAGUGGUGAAGGUGUAUCUGAGCAAGAACUGCAACGAAUUGGAAGAAACAUGCAUCGGGCCUUAGAAGCAGCACAGCAAAAUCAGUCUAGAGGGGGGAAGGGUGUUGGAGCAGUUGUGGUGGACCAAGAAAGUGGUAAAGUUGUGGCAACUGGAACGGAUCAGACUGGAGUCGAGGGAGGUCCACUGCUUCACGCAUGCAUGAUAGCAAUAGACUUGGUUGCUCAGCAACAAGGUGGAGGAGCCUAUGUUGAACUUUCUAGCAUGCAAGAAGUUGAUAGAGAUAGACUACAUAAAGAAUCUGAACAAGGGGUGGAAUCAAAAGGAAAUGAAAGGGAAAAGAAAAAACGUUCAAAGGAAAAGGGUGCAGGAACCGAAGUCCCAUAUUUGUGUACUGGGUAUGAGGUGUAUGUUACCCACGAGCCUUGUGUCAUGUGUUCCAUGGCUCUUCUCCACUCCCGUGUGUCUUGUGUCUACUAUGGAUGCAGUUCCUCUGGUGGUGCUUUGGGAUCCUACUACCGUCUUCACUGCAACCCUGGGCUCAAUCAUAGGUUUCUUGUAUAUCGAGGGGUGCUGGAAGAUGAAUGCCAGCGUUUAUUCUGUGUACAGCAACUAAAAAAGCGGUGGAACACCAGCCGGGACCAAUCCCGUUGAGAAAUAAAUGCUAAACAAAAGAGUGGAGAAGGUUUAAAAAACGAAACCAUACAUGUAUAGCCAACUUCUUGGAUUUUUAAAGCCAAUAAUGGAAAUUACAGCAACCGUGGACAACUUUCCCAAGCUCUUGCAGAAUCUCAUGCUUUGUCAGAAGCACAUGGAUCUGAACAAAUGUCUGCCGAGAUAGAGGGAAUAAUUGAAGAGGAUAACCAGGAGGCUGCAGAACAAGAUCCACCACUGCAGCCUUCUGUAGUAAUCGAGGAAAGAACAGAAGAAAUUCCUCGUCCAGAACAAGUAACCCCCGUAGCAGCUAAUGCUCCAGUGUGUCGUUCUUCUGGCAGACAAUUGUGAUAGACUAUCUAACCCAGAAUCGCUCUAAAGCCAAAGAGGAAACUUUGUUAAAAAGCCUAGGUUACCUUUUGCGUUGUGUGCCAGAAGAACGACAUGCACGGUGCAUUUCUGCUAUGGUUCAAGUUCUUGAUCGGUUCGCUGCCUCCCAGGAGCCACAUCACCUGGAAGAAUAUAUCAAUACAUCUAGAAGAGAACAGUUUAAUCUUCCUUCCCGUCAUCGCCCUGAUCCCCCAAUUGUGCAAGCACCAGGCCCUUUUAUGAGGGAAUUGUA